AUGGGUUCUCUGAAGCAACAUAGCGACGCUGUUCAUUGGUUCAUGAACGAUUUGGGAUGCCGCGUGGUUGCCAAGUCGGGGAUUGCGUCCGACAGAUUUCACAUUGGAAAACUUACAAUACAAAGUUUUAAAGAUGCACCUGAACAUAUUCUGCAGAUUGAUGGUGCAACCGGUGAAUCUGAAACAUUUCAAUCGGCAUUAGAGAGAUCAAUUAGAUGCGCGACUGCGUUUCGAGCUUUAGGCUUGAAAACAAAUGAUGUCAUAGUACUAAGCGGUCCAAAUCACCUAGACCUUACGAUACCUAUGUACGCCGCAUUCUAUUUAGGGAUAACCGUGGCCUGUAUGGACCCCACAUUAGGAAUAAAGGAACAACAAGAUACAUUCCAAAUUUGCAAUCCAAAAUUGGUUUUUUGCCAAAGUGAGAAAGAAAACGAAGCUCAAGAAGCGGCUAAAAAAUUGAACCUUGAUGUUAUAAUCGUAGCGUUCGACAAAGGGACAAACAAUUGCGAUUUCUCUGAUUUUCUUGAAAAGUAUGGAGACAACACGCCCGUCGAGAAGUUUGAGUCUGCUAAUUUUGACACUGAAGAUACAAUUGCGUUAUUAAUUUCAACUAGUGGCACUACUGGAGUACCCAAAUGUGCGGCGCUCACUCAUAAAAACCUAAUGAUAGGUUGGCCGUAUCUAUGGAUUACCUGCUGGAACUUCCCUACGCCGGUCGAAAGUGCUCUAGUCGUUUCACCUAUCCAGUGGGUCUCGGCAACGAGCAGUUUCGUUUUAUCACCUAUUUUACGAUACACCAGAAUUCAAAGCUCACUGCCAUCCACAACGGAGCAUAUUUAUUCCCUAAUCAACAUAUACAAGCCUUCAUUUAUGAUGGUCAGUCCUAAUACAAUGGCAUCGUUACUAAAACCAGGAGACCGUGAGAGGUGUGACUUUAAUUGUUUCAAAAUAAUUUUACUAGCAGGCAGUGCUGUACCAAGGACACUCUUAGAAACAGUGCAUAAGAUUCUACCUAAAGUAUCUGCUUUUAUUGGAUAUGGAAUGACAGAAGUAGCAACUGUUGUAUUCAACCCUGUUUAUUCUACGCCAGACUCUUGUGGUGGGCCCCUUGGGAACUUUCAAUAUCGAUUAGUAGAUCCGGCGACAGGACAAGUAGUGGAACAUAACAAGCCUGGAGAGCUCUGGAUAAAAGGACCAACAGCUUUUAAGGGAUAUCACAAUAACCCCAAAGCAACGGCAGAAAUUUAUACGGAAGACAAAUGGAUUAAAUCAGGUGACAUUUUAUAUGUAGACGAGAACUGCAAAUACUACUUCGUCGACCGAUUAAAACUACUUCUAAAAUAUCGCAACCACCAGAUAUCACCUAUAGAAAUCGAAUCCACCAUACUAAAGCAUCCGGGCGUGCAAGACGUCGCAGUGACUGGAAUCGCCGACUAUGAAUGUGGUGAGCUACCAGUCGCAUGUGUUGUGCCCCACGAAAAUUACCCAGUGACUGCCCAAGAAAUAAAGGACAUAGUAAAAGGUGAGUCC